AUGCUUGAUGUGUCCCGCGCUCAGCUGACGGAGUCAUCCGAAGUUUACCGAGUUCAUUGGCUCCGGGCAAAGGCACUACGGGAUCGAUGGAAGGAAGAAAUGAUGUUGGUCCAAUUGGAGAUGGAUUGGACAUGUAACUUUUUCUUGUGGAAAGCAACCCAAUGGGGUGACAGGAUGCGGAAUCAUUGGUGA